AUGUCGACCAUCACGCCGACGGCGCUGCAGAGCUCGCAGCCGCCCAUCAUCCCCCUGCCGUUCAACGCAAACCAGCCUGAAACGAUCCGGCUGUACCCGCUGUCGAACUACACCUUUGGCGUGAAAGAAACUCAACCUGAGGAAGACCCGAGCGUGCUGGCCCGUCUGAAGCGUCUGGAGGAGCAUUAUCAGGCGCACGGCAUGCGCCGCACCUGUGAGGGCAUCUUGGUCUGCCACGAACACAACCACCCGCACAUUUUGAUGCUGCAGAUUGCCAACGCUUUUUUCAAAUUGCCGGGAGACUACCUGCGGCCGGAGGAUGAGGAAAUCGAGGGUUUCAAGGCCCGUCUCGACGAGCGGCUCGCCCCCGUCGGCAGCCUUGGCGAGGGUAACAAGGCCGGCGACUGGCAGGUCGGCGAUUGUCUUGCGCAGUGGUGGCGGCCGAAUUUCGAGACCUUCAUGUAUCCCUUCGUGCCGGCCCAUAUCACACGUCCCAAGGAGUGCAAGAAGCUUUACUUUAUCCAGCUGCCGCAUUCGAAGGUCCUGAGCGUGCCCAAGAAUAUGAAGCUCCUCGCAGUCCCGCUCUUUGAGCUUUACGAGAACACACAGCGAUAUGGGCCUCAGCUCUCCGCGAUCCCUCACCUUCUUUCCCGCUACAACUUCGAAUUCGUGGAUGAGAACGGCGACGUGGUGGCCGCCACGCCAGGUGCCGGGGCGGGCGAUGGCUAUGUGCCCCGGACCAAAGUUCUGGCUGGCGGCGACGACGUCGAUAUGAAGACGGAGAACGGGACACACUGA